AUGCUGCCUAGGCGGCCGCGGGACCCCCUCCAGGCCCUGAGGCGCCGCAGUCAGGAGCUGAAGCAACAGGUUGAUGGUUUGCUUUCUGAGAGCCAAUUGAAAGGAGCUCUAGAACCCAAUAAAAGGCGAGAUAUUUACCAAAGAUGUAUCCAGUUAAAACAGGCAAUAGAUGAAAAUAAAAAUGCUCUUCAAAAAUUAAGUAAGGCUGAUGAAAUUGCACCUGUUGGAAACUAUAAUGAGAGAAAAGAAGAGGAGUAUAAUCUUUUGGAUAAGCUUACCCUCCAGCUACAGGAACUUGCUAUAGCCAUAAGUAGAGAAGACAUAACUAAAGUUGAGGCCCUUUCUGAAAGAGAAGAAUGUGACAAUCCUGCUGAAGAAGAAGAAGAAGAAAGUGAAAGUGAAGAAAGUGAAGAAAGUGGUGGGGAAGAAGAAGAUUCAGAAGAGGAAGAAGAAGAGAAACAGGAAAACGAAUCUCACAAACAGGCAACAAGUAACAAAUACAUUGCGAUCGGAGAUUUUACUGCCCAGCAAGUUGGAGAUCUUACAUUUAAGAAAGGGGAAAUUCUGCUUAUAAUUGAAAAAAAACCUGAUGGCUGGUGGAUAGCUAAAGAUGCCAAAGGAAAUGAAGGAAUCAUUCCCAGAACUUAUCUGGAGCCUUACGACAAAGAAGGCGGCCAAGAAUCAAGUGAAGAGGGCACUGAAGAAGAUGUCGAGGUAGUGGAUGAAACAGCAGAUGGAGCAAAAGUCAAGCAAAGAACUGAUUCUCACUGGAGUGCUGUUCAGAAAGCUAUCUCAGAGCAGAUAAACACUGUUGAUGUAUUAACUUCAAUGGGAGCUAUUCCUGCAGGGUUCAGGCCUUCCACACUCUACCAGCUUCUGGAGGAAGGUAAUCAAUUUCGAGCAAGUUACUUCUUACAACCAGAACUCACGCCUUCACAACUGGCCUUCAGAGAUCUGAUGUGGGAUGCUAAAGCAGGCACUAUUAGGUCAAGACCUAGUCGUGUUUCAUUGAUUUUGACCCUAUGGAGCUGCAAAAUGAUUCCUCUUCCAGGAACAAGCAUACAGGUUCUCAGCAGACAUGUGCGCCUCUGUCUUUUUGAUGGCAAUAAGGUUCUGAGCAACAUUCAUACAGUCAGAGCCACAUGGCAAUCUAAAAAGCCCAAAACAUGGACCUUUUCUCCCCAAGUUACUGGCAUUUUGCCAUGCUUACUUGAUGGUGAUUGUUUUAUCAGGUCCAAUUCUUCAUCUCCAGAUCUCGGAAUAUUAUUUGAACUUGGAAUUUCUUAUAUUCGCAAUUCAACUGGUGAAAGAGGAGAGUUAAGUUGUGGCUGGGUGUUUCUUAAACUUUUUGAUGCCAGUGGAGUUCCUAUUCCAACAAAGACUUAUGAACUCUUUUUGAAUGGUGGUACUCCUUAUGAAAAAGGUGUUGAAGUGGACCCGUCAGUACCCAGAAGAGCACACGGAGGUGUUUUCUAUCAGAUCAUGACAAUGAGAAGGCAGCCUCAACUUCUAGUAAAACUGAGAUCCUUGAACAGAAGUUCAAGAAACUUAUUAAGUCUACUUCCAGAAACACUAAUUGGAAGUAUGUGUACUGUUCACUUGUUGAUAUUUUAUCGACAAAUUCUUGGAGAUGUGCUCCUGAAAGACAGGAUGAGCUUGCAAAAUGCUGAUUUAAUUAGUCAUCCAAUGCUGGCCACCUUCCCCAUGCUCUUAGAGCAGCUGGACGUGAUGGAUGCUCUCAGGAGUUCAUGGACUGAAAAAGAAAGUACAUUAAAAAGAUCUGAGAAGAGAGACAAAGAAUUCCUGAAGGCCACGUUCCUCCUGGUGUACCAUGAUUCCGUGUUCCCUCUUCUGCAUUCUACACUCCUGCCCCCUUUCAGAUGGGCAGAAGAAGAGACCGAGGCAGCACGAUGGAAAGUUAUCGCUGACUUCCUUAAGCACAACCGAGAAAAUGGGGGUGCACUACAAGAUCUGCUGUCACCAGACAAAAUUCAUGACCCUUUUGACAUUUCAGAGCAGACCUAUGACUUCUUGGGUGAAGUAAGAAAGAAUGUGGCCUGA